AUGAAAACUGGAAACCAAAGUUCUGGGACAAACUUUAUGCUGGUUGGUCUUUUCCAAUAUGGCAGCAUGAAUGGUUUUCUCUUUGCUGCCAUUGUCUUCCUCUUCUUGGUGGCUGUGUUGGGUAAUAUCACCCUGCUCCACCUCAUCCGAGUGGACAGUAGGCUCCAUAUGCCCAUGUACUUCCUACUCAGUCAGCUCUCCCUCAUCGACAUGAUGUACAUCUGCACCACUGUGCCCAAGAUGGUAUCAAACUUCCUGGCAAAUACCAAGACCAUCACAUUCUUGGGCUGUGAGAUUCAGACAUUUAUGUUCGUGAGCCUUGGUGGAUGUGAAGCCAUUCUCUUAGGCUUCAUGUCCUAUGAUCGUUACGUAGCCAUCUGCCAUUCUUUGCACUAUCCUGUUCUCAUGAGCAAGAAGACCUGCUUCUCCCUGAUCAUGUGUACAUGGUGCAGCAGUGCUGUCAACUCCUUAAUACAUACACUGUAUGUCUUCCAGCUUCCUUUCUGUGGGUCUCGGCUCAUUAACCACUUUUUCUGUGAAAUUCCCUCUCUGCUGCCACUGGUAUGUGAGGACACCUCCCAUUAUGAGGACACCAUCCUGCUGAGUGGACUUAUUAUUCUGCUACUGCCCUUCCUGGCCAUCUUAGCUUCCUAUGCUCAAGUGCUCACUGUUGUGUUCCAGAUGCGCUUAGGCACAGGACGGACCAAAGCCCUUUCCACGUGUUUCUCCCACCUGAUUGUGGUGAGCCUCUUCUAUGUGACCACUCUCUCCACCUAUACUCGGCCACACUCCUUGCAUGACCCUGCCCAGGACAAGAUGGUGGCAGUUUUUUACAGCAUUGUCACACCUCUUCUGAACCCAUUCAUCUACAGCCUAAGGAACAAGGAGGUCCUGGGGGCCCUGAGCAGACUCCUGGGAUGA